CACCACUACCAUACGAAAUGGCUUUUUCCUCAGAAUACGAACGCGCUCGUUACUCUCAACAGCUUGCUGAACAUACUUUGCGUCAGUUUUCUGCUGCUAGAGUUUCACCAGACAGCACCGCCAGGCUACCUCCAAGUCAAAGCCACAAGCUAGCGAGGCUGCUCGGAAAACCGACUUCUUCCUCUACAUCGCCCUGCCGCAAUACUCGUGGUGUUUCGGAACCCAGUUGCCGUGCAGUUAAAGCAUGAUUAUGCUUGCAUUCAUAUAUCCCUUUGGGUUUUAUUUUCUUGUUCACCAAAACCUUACCUGAUCGCCAUCGCAUCUAUCAUCACACGACGUGCUUCGCGUUCAUGCAUACUUUCGCAUACCUUUGUACCACACUCAAGGCAUCUAUCUGGACGACGUGUCUUUUUCGCAUAUCACGGUUCACACCGCCGCAUUGUACCGCUCAUAAAUUAUUAUCUCUUAUACAACUAUCAUCAGCGGAACGUUGAACAGGCUGAACGGUAUCCACUCACCUGGCCUAGAUGUAUUCUUUUGCCCAUUGUAUUAAUAUUAUGUCACAGUCGCAACGUA